AGAAUGAUAUCACACCAUUACAUGUUGCAUCGAAGAGGGGAAAUGCAAAUAUGGUCAAACUCCUACUUGAUCGAGGAGCUAAAAUUGAUGCCAAAACAAGGGAUGGGUUGACCCCCCUCCACUGUGGAGCAAGAAGCGGCCAUGAACAAGUUGUAGAAAUGCUGCUGGAUCGUGGUGCUCCUAUUCUUUCCAAAACAAAGAAUGGUUUGUCUCCAUUGCACAUGGCAACGCAAGGAGAUCAUCUAAACUGUGUUCAGCUCCUGAUUCAGCACAACGUGCCUGUGGAUGAUGUCACUAAUGACUAUUUGACUGCGCUGCAUGUUGCCGCCCACUGUGGCCACUACAAAGUUGCCAAGGUUCUCUUGGACAAGAAAGCUAAUCCUAAUGCCAAAGCACUGAAUGGUUUCACACCUCUGCACAUUGCAUGCAAGAAGAACAGGAUAAAAGUGAUGGAACUUCUUCUGAAGCAUGGUGCAUCAAUUCAAGCUGUGACUGAGGUGAGAAGUGGUCUUUUCACUUUUGUCUGUGUUUUUUUCCCAAAAAAUUCAUUGCAUCUGUAUUGAUUAAUAUUUGAGUAU